UUAAGUUGACAUUGACUAAAAACAUUUCUAUCAAAGAGUCAAAAGUAGAAUUUCAAUUUGAUAAGAUAUUGAAUAACUUUAUCUCAAUCAAAGACGCAAUUUCCAACGAGGAUACAAGGAAUAUAAAUGUUCUUGCAAUGAUAGCAAAUGUAAAGCCUAUGAUCAAGUACGUUACAAGAUAUAAUAAGGCAGACACAAGGCGGGACAUCAUUAUAGUAGACAAAGAUGAUAUAACAUUGUCUGUAACUUUAUUCAGAGAUUUAGCUGUCAAUGAAGGCUCAAUGAUUGAAGGAAAUAAGCAUGAGACAACUAUAAUCGCGCUAUCAGAGUUUAAAAUAUCAUUGUACAAAGGGGAGUUGUGCUUGACUUCGCAAAUUGCAUCAACAAUAUUGAUCAACCCUGAUAUACAACUUGCUAAGGACAUGCGAGAAUGGGCUCUUUCAAAAGAGAAGAUCAAGACAAAUGGUGCUCCGUCAAGGCUAUUUAAAAAUGCAACGAAAAUGAAUAUUGGUGACAUUAUGCAAGCUUCACAAGAAUCAUCCAAGGCACAAUAUGGCAGCUUUAUUGGAAAAAUAAGUAAUAUCUUAAAUAGACAUGAGGCUUGGUACUACUCAUGCACAGGCUGCAAUAAAAAAGUUGACAAAAAUAUUUAUGACAAAUGUCAAAAUUGUCAAAAAAAUAAUGAAGAUAGUAUACCGAGAUAUGUCGUCAAAAUCAUAGUGGAAGACGAAACAGACAAUGCAAGAGUCACACUUUUUGACGCAGCAGAGACAUUGAUAGGAUGCGAUGCUCAAAAAUUCAUGGAUGAUAUAAAAGAGUUAUUAACUUAA